GGAGGAGGAGGAGGAAGAGGAGGAGGUGGAGAAAGAGGAGGAGGAGGAGGAGAAAGAGGAGGACGAGGAGGAGAAAGAGGAGGAGGAGGAGGAAGAGCGCCGCCUAGGAUUUUCUCCAUGUUCCAGUUGCCUAUUCUGAAUUUCAGCCCCCAGCAAGUAGCUGGGGUAUGCGAGACCCUGGAGGAAAGCGGGGACAUUGAGCGUUUGGGCCGCUUUCUCUGGUCCCUGCCUGUGGCCCCCGCAGCCUGUGAAGCACUGAACAAGAAUGAGUCGGUGUUACGAGCCCGGGCCAUUGUGGCCUUCCACACAGGGAACUACCGGGAACUCUACCACAUUCUGGAGAACCACAAAUUCACCAAGGAAUCUCAUGCCAAGCUACAGGCCCUGUGGCUGGAGGCUCACUACCAAGAAGCCGAGAAGCUCCGGGGCCGACCUCUGGGGCCAGUGGACAAGUAUCGGGUGAGGAAGAAGUUCCCUUUACCUCGGACCAUUUGGGACGGGGAACAGAAGACUCAUUGCUUCAAGGAGAGGACGAGACACUUGCUUAGGGAGUGGUACCUGCAGGACCCUUACCCCAAUCCCAGUAAAAAGAGAGAACUAGCCCAGGCAACCGGACUUACCCCCACACAAGUGGGCAACUGGUUCAAAAACCGAAGACAAAGGGACAGAGCAGCAGCGGCCAAAAACAGGCUACAGCAGCAGGUGCUGUCCCAGGGCUCAGGUCGGUCGCUGCAGACCGAGGAGGAGAGCGCUGGGGAACCUCUGGGGGCCGUCGCCAGCCCCGCUGCCAGCCUGUCUAGCAAAGCCGCCACGUCGGCCAUUUCCAUCACAUCCAGCGACAGUGAAUGUGACAUCUGA